CCUCACUUAUUCAUUCUUCCACAGAUAGCUAAUGGCUUCUAAAAGCUUGUUGAAAAGCUCUGUAAAUGUAUGGGGUGGUAAUCUUGUCAUUUUAAAAGCAUCAUCCAUUAGCUUGAUCUUGGUGCCACAAAAACACAUUAAUACAAAGUUGAAGACAGAAGUCAUUUUAUUAACCUUCUCCUAUCAUUUAAAUGGUGUGGUAACUAAUUCACAGUGAAAGUGACAUUAUUUCUAAAUAUUUUAGGCAGGGUUAUGAAUAAGAGAGUGCAGCGAUGGCUACUUGUGAGGCAAGUGAAUUUGGAGUCCCGUUUCUCUUUGAUUUGAGGAUUGUGUUACUGGGAAACAGAGCAGCAGGGAAAACCUCUUUGGCAAACCUAAUAACAGGUCACGCAGAGCCUCAUCUAAGAAGAACGGCCCAGUGUGUGAAGAUGCAUGGAUUUGCCGGAAGGCAGGUCACUGUAGUUGAUACGCCGGGCUGGUGGAAGAACUACCUUGUCAAAGAAACCCUGAAUUUCAAAAACAAGAGAUUGUGCUUAGCGUAGCUCAUUUGUCCUCCUGGGCCCCAUGCCGUUCUGCUGAUCCUACGUGUCGAUUCUUUAUUCAAAGAAAAGCACAGGAGGUCGGUGCAGGAACACCUUGAACUUUUGAGCGAGAGAGUCUGGAACCACACUAUAGUUGUGUUCACGUAUAGAGACCAGCUACAGGAGCGAACUUUAGGAAAGUACAUUGGAAGUGAAGGAGAGUCUCUUCUGCUCUGGCUAGUGGAGAAAUGUGGACGUAGAUAUCACGUUCUUAAUACCGAGAGAGCCACCGGUACGCAGCUGGCGGGGUUAAUGGACAAAAUAGACACGGUUGUCGGAAAUGGUGGCUGUCAUUUUGAAACGGACAGAAAAUGGAUGCAUAUGGUGGAAGGAAUGAUGACGAAGAGAUACAUGAGAGCAAACCAGAAAAGAAAGAUGGUGCAAGAACAAUGGGAGGCUCCACUUGUAAGACAAGGUAAGAACCAGGGAUUAGAUUCAUAAACGAUGGUAAUAUUAGGUUUGAAGGUCUGGGAAGAGUUGGCUGGAAACACCAUUUUGAGUGUGGCGACAUUCAUCUCAAAGAGUACCUCCGCGCCUGUGAGAAGACAAGGCGAGGUGGAUGGAAGGCAUGUGACUAUAGUGGACACUCCAGGCUGGUGGAAGUCUCUGCCAGCAGCUGACACUCCUGAACUGGAUAAAGAAGAGAUUUUCCUCAGCAUGUCUCUCUGUCCGCCAGGACCACACGCGUUUCUGCUGACUCUGCGUGUAGAUGUGUCAUUCACAGCAGCAGAGAAGACAUCAGUGGAGCAGCACAUGGAGCUUCUGGGCGAGAGAGUCUGGGCUUACACCAUAGUGCUUUUCACCCAUGGAGACUGUCUGGGGGACGUGACUGCUGAAGAGUUGAUUGAGAGCGAGCGAAGGGCUCUGCAGUGGCUGGUCGAGAAAUGUGGGAACAGAUAUCAUGUCCUCAACAAUGAGAUGAAUGAUUGCAGUCAGGUCACAAACCUGCUGGAGAAAAUAGAGAAGAUGGUGGCACAAAAUAAGGGCCAUUAUUAUGAAAUUGACCUCAAGACACUGAAGGAGGUGAAGCAGAAAAGGAAAGCAGUGGAAAAGAAAGCAAAGGCAAGAGCAAAGAAACAAAAACAGAUGAGGGUGAUGGACAAUACAUUGAAGGAUUUUCGAAAGCAUUUCUACGAAUUUUGUCUUGUGCUGCUGGGUUAUGGAGAAUCUGGGAAGAGUUCAACAGGAAACACCAUCAUCGGCAAACAGGUGUUUGGGUCGAGAAGAACAGCCCGGUGUGUUCAGAGACACGGAGGAGGUCGGAGGACAUCGGGUCAGCAUCAUAGACACCCUGGCUGGUGGAAACAUCUGCCCAUAGAACAAACCCCUGAACUAAAUAAAGACCAAAUCACGCAGAGUGCAUCUCUAUCCGAUUCUGGACCAAUCGUUUACAUUUUGGUCCUUCGUGCCGACUGUUCUUUCAAAGAGCAGGAGCGGACGAUGGAGGAUCAUUUGAGGCUUUUGGGCUCCACGGUUUGGGAUGACAGCGUAGUUCUGUUCACAUUUGGGGACGUGCUCGGAGACAGAGCCAUCGAGAAGCACAUUGAAUGCGAAGGAGAAGCUCUGCAGUGGCUUGUUGAUAGAUGCGGAAACAGGUAUCAUGUUUUUAAUAACAAGGCCGAGGGUGAGAGCCAUCAGGUCGCAGAGCUGCUGGAAAAGAUACAAGAGUUGACUGCAGCAAACAGCGGGUGCAGUAACAAAGACAUGCAGGUGCUGCGGGAGGUGACGGAGGGGAGGAAGGUGGAGGAAGACAGAGCAAACACCAGACUGAAGAUGCAGGGACAAAGAGAGGAAGAUGAAUCCGAUGAUGUAUUUGAUGAUGGCGUGAAGAUGAUGAAGUCAUUUGGGACUCGAGAGCAUGGAAGUGGACGACAGCUGAAAGCUCUUCUAAGUAACCAGCAGCAGCAGGUGAGGAGUGCAGGAGAGCUGAUGCUCCAAGAACUUUACUGA